UCUCCAGUUUGGCAUAUUCCCAGUUAGCAGGAGCAAGUUGGUCGACAAAUAUUGGUGUAAGGACAAUGGCCCCCAGCUGAAGGCAGUGACGGCAAGAGACUGAGAUGGAGCUGACCUCAGUAGACGCCUCUGCUGUGCUGGGCUUAUGGGCCAAUGGCUCCAUUCCUGGUUUCCUCCUUAAUGAGAGCAUUCUCAAUGACACUUGCUUCCUCAAUGCUUCAAACUGCACUAAUGGGAGAGAUGCAGGGAACCGAGCCGGAACAAGCAUGGCAGGAAUCCUCAUCCCUCUUAUUUACAUCAUUGUCUGCAUCGUUGGCCUGGGAGGAAACUCACUGGUCAUUCACAUCGUCCUGCACUACUCCAAGACAGAGUCAGUGACUAACAUCUACAUCCUGAAUCUAGCUAUAGCCGAUGAGCUCUUCAUGCUGGGCCUUCCGUUCCUCGCUGUGCAGAACGCCAUGCACUCCUGGCCCUUCGGCUCAUUCACGUGCAGGUUGGUCAUGACCGUUGAUGGCAUUAACCAGUUCACCAGCAUUUUCUGCCUCACCGUGAUGAGCAUUGAUCGCUACCUGGCCGUGGUUCAUCCUAUUCGGUCCUCUAAAUGGAGGCGACCACGGGUGGCCAAGGCAGUGAAUGCAACAAUCUGGGCGGUCUCCUUUUUGGUAGUCUUGCCAGUGGUGAUUUUUGCAAAUGUGCAACGGGAAGGAGGCAUCUGCAACAUCAUAUGGCCAGAGCCAGCCAACAUCUGGGGAGCAGCAUUUAUAAUCUACACCUCCACAGUUGGCUUUUUCUUUCCCUUGCUAGUCAUCUGCAUGUGCUAUCUCCUAAUUGUGAUAAAAAUUCGCAGCUCGGGAAAGAAGGUUCACGCCACUUCAACCAAACGGCGCAAAUCGGAGCGCAAAGUCACGCGAAUGGUGGUGAUAGUAGUGGCUGUGUUUGUUUUCUGCUGGAUGCCGUUUUAUGCCCUCAACAUCAUAAACCUGGUGGAAUCACUGCGUGAUGAGCCCCAAGGUCUGCAUCUUUUUGUGGUGGUAUUGUCUUACGCUAACAGCUGCGCUAACCCUAUUGUGUACGGCUUCCUUUCGGACAACUUCAAACGGGGAUUUCGAAAGGCUCUGUGCCGUUCAUCUCGAAGGGUCGAGAACCACGAGCCCACCGAGCAGCAGAAUCAAGAGGAACGAAGAAGAGUGCUGAUGCCCAGGGAAAGCCUUAGAAGAGCAGUGAGAAAUGAAGAGGAUGAGGAAGAGGAAGAGUACAGGGAGGAAGUGACGGAGAUGACGGAAAUCUGCAGGAUUACUCAGAAUGGAAAUGGAAGCGGUCAACCUGAAAGUACCCGAGCGCUUGUCUUAGAGAGACCAUUGGGUACAGGGGUUUCUGAGACAUGUUCCCCAGACAGGAGAGGCACGGGCAUGGAUGUUCUUGGUAAAGGACCAGGCUUUGGACCUGCUGCAACCCUGCUGAACGGGGCUAAACAUGGGAAUGUGAAAACACUGCCAGAGGAACCGGUGGAAAAGAACACCUCACUGGAGAUCAGCUACUUGUAAACUUGUGAUUUGUGUCAGCUGGAAAAUCUGUAUUAUUGUACAUGCCUCCCUGAGUGCUAUUCAGUUUGUAGUUACUGCCUCUCCUGAAGUUUAUCAACUCGUCUUCAUGUCUGAAUUUAUGAUGAAAUUUCCUCCUAGUAAUUAGACUUUAUAGUAUGGUAGUA